UUGAAGGAGACGGAAACGCAGGUGAUCGACGUUCAGUCCUCGAACCCAAGCCUGGUGGCCGAAUGGAAGCGGAAACUAUCAGAUGACGUUGACAUCAUUACCACUAUUAUUCGACCAGAUUCGAAUCGAGCCGGAGAUGGAGGUCUUGGCAUUUCUUUGGAAGGAACUGUUGACGUCGUGAAGGGUCAUCAACUCUGCCCCCACCAUUACAUUGAGUCCAUCCGGCAAAAUGGUCCAGCAGCCGCUUCGGGAAUGUUGCAAGCUGGCGACGAACUGCUACAGGUGAAUCACUCGGUACUGUACGGAGAAUCACAUGUGACAAUUCGGCAAGCCCUUUCACGAGCAGUACAUUCUGGAGCACCGGUGACGUUGGUGGUAGCCCGACGGACACAGCACGUCAACGUCUUUCAGCCUACCUCAGAGAAAAGCCUUCCAGCUUCGUAUCCUCUACUCGCUUCGGGACAUGAAAAGAUCGUUAAGGCGAAAUCCGAGGUGAACAUCCCGGACCUGGUCUCGAACACCGAUGUUUUACUCCAGCAGGUUUCUCGUCGCCUAAGAGCGCGCUCACUUGAGCCCCUCACGGGAUUAGCCGUAUGGAACUGUGUUCCGUUGGUGGUUUGCCUUGAAAAGGACGAACGAGGAUUAGGAUUUUCUAUUGUUGAUUACCAAGGUCGGGGGUUCUAG